CGAACGUUUAAAAUGAUACGAAUCAUUAGCAUAUGCGAAUGCGAAUGCAAAUAUUCGUCACUUCUCUAACAUGAAUUGCCUUAUCACCACCACAGUUUGAGAGCAACUGUAUACGAAGAGUUCGCCACAUUUUCGAUUCCACUUGGCAAGUGGACAGUGGACUUUGUGAGAUCUAUGUGUGGCGCAAGUGGUAGUGGAAUAAUUAGUUACAAGUUAAAUUAAAUAUAAGCAGUAUAAUCAUUAAUCCGACUCCAGUAAGUUAGUAUCUAAAAUGACAAAAAGCAAAAAGAAACUAAAGGAACAGCAGCAGGUGAAAGUGCAAAAUGCGAUCGUUGAGGAACGCCUGACAACAACGAACGAUGCGUAUACACAGGGUGCCUUCUCUUACCUGAGGAUGCUCACACACAUCAUUGGACUGUUACAGUUCACCUAUGGCAUUUACUAUCACUGGUUUAAUGUGCAUUGGCCUCAGCGUUUGCCGGAGGAGGAAGAGUUAAAGACGCGUUGGGGAGGAAAAUUUAAAUACCUUACCUUUCUGGAUAUGAUAUUACAAGCACUAUAUCACUUUGUUGCGCUUCUAAAUGACUUAGUUGGCUCCAAUGAAGUCGGUCAGACGAGGCUGAUGCCGGGUGUGCGUAAGUUGCGAGAUUAUAUCUUCGCCACUUGGGCUUUUCCCAUAGCACAUAAUUUCUGCAUUUCCUUUUGGGUUAUAUAUGCCUAUGAUCGGGAGCUCAUUUUCCCCAAAGCGCUAGACGCUAUUUUUCCCAACUGGCUGAAUCAUAUCGUUCAUACCAAUGUUGCUAUGCUCGCUAUACUCGAUAUGUUUACUUGCUUCCGUCAGUAUCCAAGUCGCACGGCAGGACUCACGGGUACUAUUAUAUUUAUGGUACUCUAUAUAAUUUGGAUGCAUAUAGUGCGCUUUUUCUCCGGUCAUUGGGUAUAUCCACUAUUGGAAAUUAUUAAUUUACCAAUGCGAUACUUAAUGCUGAGUGCUUUAUUGGGCUUCACAGUAUUUUGCUAUUUCUUGGGUGAAUUUUUAAAUAAAAUAAUUUGGAGUCCAGAGUUGCGAUUGCUGAGAAUGAAGAGUGCAAAGAUCGAGUGAUCUGUUACGUCUUCACAAAGGAGUUGGAAAUACUAUUAGACUUUCGCAAACUGAGAAACGCUUGAACAAGUAAUUUUAAUUAAACUUCAAUUUUAUUUUAGGUAAGU